CCCAGGUUCAAUUAAGUCGGAACACCAUCGCGCUAAGUUGACAGCUUGACGCUUGCAACGCUGGCCCGUCAUGGUUGCGAGUCCUGUCUGCUCGCUCGUUACUUCGCGUUUUGUCUGUCUCUAACAUUGUCUCUAACACCUUGUAUUAUGCUGGCCGUGAUACACACACACACACGACUUUGUUGCUGUUCCGACGUCACUAGAUUUGCCGAUCUCCCAUUUUCGUUGCCGUUUCGACUUGCGACGGGACCUCGUCAUCGACAAUCGCACCUCCGCCGAACCUCUACAGGACACCAACAGCAUGGCGCCCCAGGUUGAUCCUCGAACCCGGAAGAGGGUUCUGAGAGUCAUCGUUGUCUCUCUGCUGCUCGACUUGGUACGCAAAACUUCUGUGGCCCCCUCUCGGGUUCGUGGUUGUGUGGGGCUGUAUCUCUAACACAAUGCCGCAGUUGUCCUUCACCUUCAUCCUCCCACUCUUCCCCAAACUGCUCGAGUUCUACCGCAACGCCGAAGACCCGGUCGAUGCCGGAGCUCCGCCGUCCAAGACACUGCUGGCAAGCGUUCUUGGUUACCUCAAUGCGUACAAGGCAGCCUUUGCGCGCCCGAUCGAUUCGCGAUACGACAUCGUUCUGCUGGGCGGCGCGCUGGGGAGCAUGUUCUCUCUCCUCCAGGCCGUCGCCUCUCCGUUCAUCGGACGGCUCUCGGAUAAGUAUGGCCGGCGCACCGCCUUGCUCGCCAGUAUGGCCGGCAACAUCCUCUCGGUGUUGCUCUGGGUAGUGGCGGUGGACUUUCGGACCUUCCUGGCCUCGCGCAUCGUCGGCGGCCUCUCCGAGGGCAACGUGCAGCUCGCGACCGCCAUCGCGACCGACAUCUCGGACGCAAAAAACCGCGGCUCGACCAUGGCGCUCAUCGGCGCGUGCUUCUCCAUCGCCUUCACCUUCGGUCCGGCCCUAGGCGCCUGGCUCAGCUCUAUUGCGACCGUGGCCGCCAACCCGUUUGCCACGGCUGCCGGUGUCUCGCUGUUCCUGAUCGUCACCGAGACUGUGUACCUCUACUUCAGCCUGCCCGAGACCCUCCCGUCCCUGGCCACCGACACCACCACCGCCACCACCACCACCACCACUACUACGGACGGCGCGAAAUCUGCUGUGGAGGAGAAUGAGGAGAAGAAGAAGAAGAAGAAGAAGAAGCAGUCGCGGCCGGCACCGGCCCAACGCACCAACCCGCACUUCCUGCUCAACCUGGUGCACAUGACCUUCCUCCUCUUCUUCUCCGGCAUGGAGUUCUCCCUCCCCUUCAUGACGUACGACCUGUUCGAGUACACCUCGGCCAAGAACGGCCGGCUGCUCGGGUACAUCGGCCUGGUCGCGUCGAUCCUGCAGGGCGGCGUCACCCGCCGCCUGGCCCCCCUGCUCUCGGUCCGGAUCGGCGUGGCCGCCUGCCUGGCCUCCUUCGUCCUCCUCGCCCGCAUCUCCUCCGUGUCGGGCCUCUACCUCGCCGCCACCGGCCUGGCCACCACCUCGGCCACCGUCGUCACCGGCCUGAACGCGCUCAGCAGCUUCGAGGCCGCCGAGGACGAGCGGGGCGGCAAGCUCGGCGUCCUCCGCAGCUGGGGCCAGAUCGGCCGCGGCCUCGGCCCCGUCCUCUUCACCAGCAUCUACUGGUGGGCAGGGCGCGAGACGGCCUAUUCCGUCGGCGCCCUCGGCAUCGCGGUCGUCGGCGCCCUGACGUUCUUUGGACUCAAGACGCCCCCUGCCUCGGUGAGGCAUAGGGCGGCGGCGGUAAAGGAUGACAAGAAGGAACUGUGAGCUCCCUCCCCCAAGGUGUAAUAGUGGAUCACGUAUGUGUUUGAUCUGUAUUAUGUCUCGUGUAUGCGGUAGAGAGAGGAGGGUUGGCGGCUACCAUAUUGCAUCUACAGUAGAGAGUAUAUUCUUUCACCCGAUACAGGAGACGCACGCGAAAUAUACAGGACAUGAUUCGCUCGAUGAGAUGCUCAGACCCUUAAGGGUCAAAUGGUGAAGGAGACGAAGUUCAUGGUUUCAUUUCCCUUCAGAAGCGCAGGUAGUUGCACGUGUAGACAAUGACAGCCUUCGAAGUAACAUUAGG